AUGUUUUCGUGUGUGGUGGCCGGGCGGCUGCCGCUGCCGCCUCCCCAGCAGAUUGACGCGACGCACGCCGUGUUCCCGCUGGAGAAUGCCGAGCUCAUCAACCAUAUUGUCGUGUUCAUGACCGGCGAGCAGGCGUUUCCGGAGGGCUACGGCGCGACCGUGCACCUGAUGUGGCCCCAGCUGGGCGACCAGGAGCCGCACUGGCAGCUGCUGGGCUGCCUGCAAAAUACCAAGCCGUCGGCCAUCUUUCGUGUGCGCGACCCCAAGCGCCAGCAGAGCGCGGUGCCGAUCACCGCCUCGCUCGGCCUCGCGUUCGAGACGCUCGACGAGCUCGAGCGCCAGAUGCAGACGCUCUCGUCCUCGAAGCCCGCGGCGAAUGCCGUGGUCUUGUCGCGCUCGGGCCCCGAGGCGCAGGCCGCCGAGGCCGCGCAGCUCGCUGCGCCGAUCGCACAAAACGUCUUUUCGUACCUCUCGAGCUUUGCGCCGGACUCGGCGCCGCAGGCCGUGCCGCUUCUCCAGCGGUGGCUCGACCAGCAUUAG